AUGGGCUGCAAACUCUCUCGAGCGGUGCGACCGCACGCGAAAGUUGAGGUUUCCAUCGUCGCGCCUACCUAUCACAAGGCUGAGCACGCGGACACACAACAAGAGUGCAAAGAGAGUGUACGGCAACUAUCACGACCUUUCUCUUACGACGACAUCACAAUCACAUCUUCAGCCCCGUUGCCGAUAGUUUGUCGACGGCGAAACAGCGCGCCCACCACGACGAUGGAAACAACACAAGAACCCACUGCUGCCUUCAACCUGUUCCUUGCAGAGCAUUGCCUUAUGUCGAUUCAACUCCCUGAUAUCGAAAUCGAUGGGCCCGCCAUCGCAACAGUCCCAUCCACUCCGGCACCUCUGCAGCCCAGCGAUGCUUUGGAAGAGUCCAACCCGCAGCCUAGCGAUGCUUCGAAAGGGUCCACCGUUCCGUGCAUCACUUGUUGCAGAGCGCAGCCUAACGAAAAGGGCAAGUUUUUCAAGCCCUGUAAGAAUUGUGAUAGUGUAUACUGCGGAUCAUGUAUCAGGUAUAUGUUUAUCAAAGCCUGUGACGACAUGACGCUCAUGCCGCCACGGUGCUGUGGUCCGAUCCAGUUACACCACGCAACGCCUCAUCUGUCUAGGGAAGAAAUCGCUGUAUUCAAAGCAAAGUAUGAGGAGUGGCUGACUCCAAAUCCCUUCUAUUGCCCCGUACCUACAUGCUCAGCUUUCAUACCGGAACGACUUCUUCCUGAGCAGACAAAAACGGACAGAAAACGUACAGAUUCUGGGACUGGAAUACCAACUUCAAAGACGUUUGCAUGUCCUGCUUGCGAAUCGAGCAUCUGCUCUGACUGCCGACUGACUGCCCACCCUUCCAGUGCGUGCAAUGUCUCCGAGUUUGGCAUCGACGAAGAGACCACUAAGCUUCUGAAGAGCUGGGGCUAUAAGCAGUGCCCAAAAUGCCGGCAUGGAAUUAAGCGUAUGUUUGGGUGCAGGCAUAUGAGCUGCCGUUGCGGGGCUCAUUUUUGCUACAACUGCAUGGGUAAUCCGGAUCUUUGCGAGGGUGAUUGUAUUGACGACGAAGACUAUGAACAUGAGAGCGACAAUGAGAGCAUUUUGGAAUCAUCGGAGUCAUCCGAAACAUCUUCCAUGCAAGGAGAACAUCGAGAUACUGAAGCUCGUGUUGCACCAUCGGCCGAAACCGUAAACCUCGAUAGGGGGACUGCUUCAUACUGGGCAGGGCAAGCCCUAGACUUUGGCGACGAACCAGGUCAGGAUUUCGCGGACCGCGCUUGGAAUUGCUUUCAUUUUUUCAAGCCGUACAAGAUCGAUUUGGCACAGGCUCUCACUGCAGAUUCUUCGAACGCAACGCUGGAGUGUGUGAAGUGCUGGAGCACGAUAUAUCCAGUAAUCAGAGAGCCGCGCCGUGUUGAGUCGAUAGGGCAAGCCCAGACGAUAUCUCUGGGGUCAAGAGUGAAUGACACAAGUACAGAGCGAGUGAUUGCCAGAGAGCAUGGUCGCGUAAGGAGGCAUGGUCAAUACGUACCUCCUCAUAAUCUCUUCCGCGACGACGCCACAAUAGGAGUGACGCUUUGCGAAACCAACACGGUGUCUUCUCUCUCACAAAGCGCACCCGACCACGAAUCGCCGCUUACGCAAUACCUGAACCGGCAUUGCGAAUCAGUUGUUGAUGUCUACGGCAACAUCAUCUCCCCAGCUGAACCACAACAGCAGCGCCGUGCAUCAAUGGACAGCCAUGACUAUCACCUCAUGUCUACAUUAUCACCAAGCAACGGCUCAACAGAAAAGUUCUCGCUUUUCAACCCGGUAUCAGCAACCUCGACUUCCCGUACUCCCGAUCUUCGAACAAACAUUGCCUACGACUGCUCUGACUGCAACCUACUCGUCUGUGACUCCUGCAAAGACGCUUUAAUCAUCGCGCGGGACCUGGGCGUCGAGAAGCACAAAGCGUGGAUGCAAAGACUCGAGGAACAGAGAGCAGUGCGGAAUUGA